AAAUAAAAAAUGAAGCCAGGAGAUUUGUAUUUACUCGCCUACAAUAUUUUACAAUUUUUCGGUUGGGGUUCUAUUCUAUUGAAAACUGUUCGUGGUUUAAUGUCCAAUUUGACUUUUCCAGAAUUGUAUGAUUCUGUUGAGUUGGAAUUGAAAAUAUUUCAAACUGCUGCUAUUCUGGAAAUUUUUCAUUGUAUUUUUCGCCUUGUUCGAUCCCCUGUUGGUACAACCACUACACAAGUCUUUUCUCGUGUUACUGUUGUUUGGUUGAUUCUUUACAAAGUGGCCUCGUCUCGCGUUAGUAUUGGUGUUCCAAUGUUGUUAAUUGCGUGGUCGAUUACUGAAGUCAUUCGAUAUUCGUUUUAUGCUUUGAAUUUGAUUAAUGCUGUUCCAAGUUUUCUUAUUUGGAUGCGCUAUACAUUCUUCAUCUUGCUUUACCCUUUGGGUGCUGGAGGUGAAUUAUUAACCAUGUUUGCAGCUUUACCAGAAAUUGGUGAACGCAAACACUUUACAAUAGAAAUGCCAAAUGUUGCCAAUUUUGCUUUCCAUUUUUAUUGGGCAGUUAUCUUGUUGGCUUUGACUUAUAUUCCGUUGUUUCCACAGUUGUAUGGCUAUAUGUUUGUUCAAAGGAAAAAAGUUCUUGGUGGUACUGACAAAAAAUCAGAAAAGAAGGCUCAAUAA